AUGGGGAAAGAGCAAGAGCUGCUGGAGGCCUCCCGCACCGGGAAUCUGCCUGCUGUGGAGAAACUGCUGUCAGGCAAGCGCCUCAGCUCGGGCUUCGGGUCUGGUGGCGGCUCCGGGUCCUCAGGGGGAGGCGGCAGUGGAGGUGGCGGCGGCGGCGGGGGGCACCCGCUUUCCAGCCUUCUCAGCAUUUGGAGGGGACCGAAUGUGAAUUGUGUUGACAGUACUGGAUAUACUCCAUUGCACCAUGCUUCUUUGAAUGGUCACAAGGAUGUUGUGGAAGUUCUGUUGAGGAAUGAUGCAUUAACAAAUGUGGCCGACUGCAAAGGCUGUUAUCCUCUUCAUUUGGCAGCUUGGAAGGGAGAUGCUGAGAUAGUGAAACUGCUAAUACACCAGGGACCGUCUCACACUAAAGUGAAUGAGCAGAAUGCUCUUGAGAUCAAAGAACUCAAAAAGUACGGCCCCUUUGACCCCUAUAUCAAUGCCAAGAAUAAUGACAAUGAGACGGCUCUGCAUUGUGCAGCUCAGUAUGGUCAUACAGAGGUGGUGAAGGUUCUCCUGGAGGAGUUGACUGACCCUACCAUGCGCAAUAACAAGUUCGAGACACCUCUUGAUUUGGCUGCACUCUAUGGGAGAUUGGAGGUUGUGAAGAUGUUGCUUAAUGCUCAUCCCAAUCUUCUAAGUUGCAAUACUAAGAAACACACCCCCUUACAUCUGGCAGCUAGGAAUGGCCAUAAAGCUGUUGUACGUGUUCUUCUGGAUGCUGGCAUGGAUAGCAAUUACCAGACAGAAAAAGGUAGUGCUUUGCACGAAGCUGCUUUGUUUGGCAAAACAGAUGUGGUACAGAUACUGCUAGCUGCAGGCAUUGAUGUGAAUAUAAAGGAUAACAGAAGUCUGACAGCUUUGGAAAUUGUGAGAGAACUUCCUUCUCAGAAAAGUCAACAAAUAGCAGCACUCAUUGAAGAAUGUACAACUGGGAAGAACACAGCAAAAGCAGAAGAAAAGAUAGCAUCAGUUAUUUCUACUGAUGCUUCAGUUCGGGUACCCCAAGGAAAUGUGGAAAAAAUAACAGAACUGAUGGCAGAUUUUGAUGGAAAGCAAGAAGAGUGUCCAUAUGAAGUUCUAUACAAUGCCACAUCCUGUCACUCUUUGGACAGCCUGGCCAGUGGAAGAUCAUCAGACAGAGACUCAGUGAAUAGGGAAGUGGAGACGACCAGUGUUAAAGGGACAGGAAUGAGGCCUAGAGAGCGCCCACCCCCUCCUGCCAAGCCUCCCCCUGAUGAAGAGGAGGAGCUUGAAGAGAAGAAGCUGAGUACUUCUUCUAAGGGUUUGGUCGCUAAGAGGAAGAGCAGGGGAAGCACAGCAGAUGAAGAGGAAGAGCAUCCUUAUGAGCUGUUGCUAACAGCAGAAACUAAGAAGCAUGUUGCUGUGGAUAAAAAAACAAAAGGUGAAUCAUCUUCAGGUGCUGCCAGCAGUGUCCAGCCUCAGGCCUGGCCACGAAAGGGUUUGCCUUCUCAGGAUGGCCAGUGGCCACUGAACUGCCAAGAUUCUUCUGACCUUUCUUCUAGCCAUUCGGAACAACAGAGUCCUGAAUCACACUUGAUAGAAGUCUCAAAAGACGAGAGGAGGAGCAUCAGUAACCACAGUCAAGCAGAUGCCCAGGAUGUCCAAGUACUGGAUCAGUUCUCAGGUCUACUGCAUGGUUCUUCUCCGGUAUGUGAAAUAAAUGAGGACCCUUUCAGACUCAUUUCUGCUGUUGGUAAAGGAAGUACAGAAGGGACUGCUAUGCAGCUGGAAGAUGUUGAUGCAUCUGGAACGGUACAGACUAGCACUGCAGACCAAAAUAAAGUGGUCUAUUCAACCAUCUGCCAUAUAAGUGACAAAUUGGAUCCUGAAACUUUAGCACAUCUUCACUUGCCACAACAUCCUGCCGGUGCUGAGGAAGGAGACAAGAGUUGUUCUGUGGGCAGAGUCCACCCAGGAGGCAAGCCCAGAUCAGAACUCAAACUUAGCCGCAGCUUGUCAAAAUCGGACUCUGACCUUUUGACCACUUCACCAACAGAAGACGAUACUAUGGGGAGCAGAAGUGAAUCACUUUCCAAUUGUAGUGCUGGCAAAAAAAGGCUGGAGAAAUCACCUUCCUUUGCUUCAGAGUGGGAUGAGUUUCAACCCAAAGUGCCUGAAGUCUCCGAAGUUCAGUCUUUCUCCAAUAUUGAGAAAAUCAUGAGCUCCAUUGGUGAAGGCAUUGACUUUUCUCAAGAGCAGCAGAGGAUUUCAGGUUCACGGAUGCUGGAGCAGAGCGUUGGGGAGUGGCUGGAGUCCAUUGGCUUGCAGCAGUAUGAGAGUAAACUGCUUCUCAAUGGCUUUGAUGAUGUCCAGUUCCUGGGCUGUAAUGUUAUGGAAGAUCAGGAUCUCCGGGACAUUGGUAUUAGCGACCCACAGCACCGCAGAAAACUGCUCCAGGCAGCACGUACUCUUCCUAAGGUAAAAUCCCUGGGCUGUGAUGGGACUCAGCCUUCUGUUCCUGCUUGGCUUGAUUCCCUGGGACUGCAGGAUUACAUUCAAUCAUUUCUGUCAAGUGGCUACAGUUCUAUAGACUCUGUGAAAAACCUUUGGGAGCUAGAACUAGUUAAUGUGCUCAAAGUAAUUCUUCUUGGUCAUCGUAAGCGCAUAAUAGCCUCUCUGGCAGACAGGCCAUAUGAGGAGCCUCCACAGAAACCACCACGGUUCUCUCAGCUAAGGUGCCAGGAUUUGAUGUCCCAGACGUCCUCACCGCUGAGCCAGAGUGACUCCUGCACAGGGAGGUCUGCAGAUCUCCUGCUUCCUUUAGGGAAUACUGGAAAGAAGAGACAAGAGAGUAGCCGUGAUAUUGCAUCUUACCCCAGAGCUGACAGAGUCAAGACACAGGAGGGAUGCCGUGAACCCAAACUUACACUCAGACCCCCAAGUCUGGCUGCUCCCUAUGCACCUGUCCAACACUGGCAGCACCAGCCAGAGAAGCUUAUAUUUGAGUCCUGUGGGUAUGAAGCCAAUUAUCUUGGGUCCAUGCUAAUCAAAGAUCUUCGUGGUACAGAAUCUACACAGGAUGCCUGUGCAAAAAUGAGGAAAUCAACUGAACAUAUGAAGAAGACCCCAACUAUAAUAUUAUCCAUCACUUACAAAGGAGUGAAGUUCAUAGAUGCCUCUAACAAGAAUGUUAUUGCUGAGCAUGAAAUCAGGAACAUUUCCUGUGCUGCCCAGGACCCAGAGGAUCUCUGUACGUUUGCCUAUAUCACCAAGGACUUGCAAACCAGCCACCACUACUGCCAUGUGUUCAGUACAGUUGAUGUUAAUCUGACGUAUGAAAUCAUUCUGACACUGGGUCAAGCAUUUGAAGUAGCCUACCAACUGGCCCUGCAAGCCCAAAAAUCAAAACCUACAGGUGCUUUGACAUCUGAAAUGGUAGAAACAAAAUCUUCAAAACCGGUGCCUAAACCUCGAGCCAGCAUGAGGAAAUCAGCGCUGGAGUCAUCAGAAGUGGACCAAGACUCUCAAUCCCAUGCUAGUGUGUCCUGGGUUGUAGAGCCCAAGCAGGAUUCCAAGAGGACCCUCAGCACUAAGUAUGAGACUACUAUCUUCUGAAAACAAAUCCUGCAUCCAUCCAGUCUAACCGUGCCUUUGCAGUCUGAUCUGUCUGCUCUUCUAAACCCCUCCUUCCUCCCAUUGCUGGCAAUAGGUUUGGCACCAUCAGAGACAGCAGCACUAGG